GCGAGAGAGUACUCCAGGCCAGAUAGAGAGAGGCGUCCCGACCUUAUCAGCAGCGCCAUCCCAUCCCUCGUCGUCCCCCUCCCAUCUCCUCUCCUCUCCUCUCCACGCCCACGCACGUCCAGCCUCUUCUGGAUCCCCGUCCAUACUUCUCUCGGUAGCUAGCUCGGUGCCGCGGGUCACGGGGCCAGGUUUCGAUCUUGGGCGCGAGAGCAGGCGUCGGUGAAGGGAGAGGCUUCUGCUGCAAAGCGCCGGCCGGAUCGAGAAGCUUGCGCUCGAGGCUGCAGGCGUGGCGGCGGCGGCGGCUGAUCGAAGAGACCAAGUGAGGGGAGGGCGACCGAUCGACGGAGAAGCUGGCGGCCGGCAAGUGGUGGGAGCGGCCAGAUGACGCGGCCAUGGCCGGGAUGGACCCGGGGCCGGGCGGCGGCAGCCCCGGCGGCGCCAGCAGCUCGCGCUACUUCCACCACCUGCUCCGCCCGCAGCAGCAGCAGCAGCAGCCAUCCCCGCUGUCGCCCACCUCCCACGUCAAGAUGGAGCACUCCAAGCUGACCUCCCCCGACAACAACAACAGCCCGGCCGGAGGCGAUGCCGCGGCCGACGCCGGCGGCGGGAGCGGUGACCAGCCGUCCUCGUCGGCCAUGGCCCCGGACGGCAGCGGCGGGUCGGGCGGGCCGACGCGGCGCCCGCGGGGCCGGCCCGCGGGGUCCAAGAACAAGCCCAAGCCACCUAUCAUCGUGACCCGCGACAGCCCCAACGCGCUCCACUCGCACGUCCUCGAGGUCGCCGCGGGUGCCGACAUCGUCGACUGCGUCGCCGAGUACGCGCGCCGCCGGGGCCGCGGCGUCUGCGUGCUCAGCGGCGGGGGCGCCGUCGUCAACGUGGCGCUCCGUCAGCCCGGCGCCUCCCCGCCUGGCAGCGUGGUGGCCACGCUCCGUGGCCGGUUCGAGAUCCUGUCGCUCACCGGCACGGUGCUCCCGCCGCCGGCCCCGCCGGGCGCCAGCGGGCUCACCGUGUUCCUCUCCGGCGGGCAGGGCCAGGUCAUCGGCGGGAGCGUGGUGGGGUCCCUCGUGGCCGCGGGCCCCGUCGUCCUCAUGGCGGCUUCCUUCGCCAACGCCGUCUACGAGCGGCUCCCGCUGGAAGGGGAAGAGGAGGAUCAGGCGGCUGCCGCUGCCGCUGCCGCGGCGGCUGGAGCGGAAGCGCAGCAGGAUCAGGUGGCGCAGUCCGCGGGGCCGCACGGGCAGCAGCCGGCGGCGUCGCAGUCUUCUGGGGUGACCGGAGGCGAUGCCGCCGGCGGCAUGUCGCUGUACAACCUUGCUGGGAAUGUGGGGAACUACCAGCUUCCCGGGGACAACUUCGGCGGCUGGGGCGGCGGCGGCGGCGGAGCAGGAGGAGUCAGGCCACCGUUCUGAUCCAUGUCUUUAAUUUGCAGUGCAAUGCACGGUUUCCACACUCAUCAGAUGAUGAGGAAGGCGUCACAAAUUAAGUUCCAAAAUGGCGGAGAUUCGAAGCUUUUGCCAUCCCAAUACUGAGAGCUGUGUAGGAUUACGGAGCUUAACUGCAACAUGCAUGCUGGAUUUUUCAUUGGAUUAUUGACCUUUCGAUCUUGGUUCUAUAUGCACGUCGUAUGCGUCAUGCAUGCAUGCGUCGCAAAGAUUUGGUAUACGGGAGGAAGAUUUAUUGGAGAUCAUGAGAUUAUAAUAUGUUGAGGAAGCUAGCUGAUCAUCAUUAUUAAAGGGACAAGAAUUGAAGCACGGUUUGGUGGAGAUGAAGAUGAAUUCAUGCAAGAUCAAAUUCGCAAUAAGCUGAAGGUCAGUGAGAUGAUCCAAUGUUUUCUGUUUCUGGCAACAGCAAAUCCUUUUCUUUUCCUUUUGCCUCUUGUUCAUUUCCAUUUGUAAUGUUCCUAUUUUAUUCUGGCUGUAUCGUGCUGUCGAAUGAUGUUUCUUGAAAAACUUUUUGCUGCCAAUCUUUCACAUGCAUGGCUGCAUGUA